AACAAAACCCUGAAUGGGCCGCACUCUGGACCACUAUAUAUAUAUAUUGUCUGAAGCAACGCUCGAAACCCUAGUUGCGAAAGAGAGGUUGAGAGCGUUACCAGUAUUUUCUCUCGUAUCUUCGCGGCCUCUGUGUUCUCUGCAACAUGAAGUUCAACAUCGCAAAUCCGACAACCGGGUGCCAGAAGAAGCUCGAGAUCGACGAUGACCAGAAACUCCGGGUAUUCUGGGACAAGAGGAUCUCACAGGAAGUAAGUGGAGAUGCUUUGGGUGAGGAGUUCAAGGGCUAUGUAUUCAAGAUUAUGGGUGGUUGUGACAAACAAGGUUUCCCAAUGAAGCAGGGAGUUUUGACUCCGGGUCGUGUUCGUCUUUUGCUGCAUCGAGGAACCCCUUGUUUCCGAGGGUACGGUAGGAGAAAUGGAGAGCGUAGAAGGAAGUCUGUUCGUGGAUGCAUUGUUAGCCCUGAUCUCUCCGUUCUAAACUUGGUUAUUGUGAAAAAGGGUGAUAAUGAUCUGCCUGGACUAACUGAUGUUGAGAAACCAAGGAUGAGAGGCCCAAAAAGGGCAUCAAAGAUCCGUAAACUCUUCAACCUUUCCAAGGAAGAUGAUGUUAGGAAAUAUGUCAACACAUACCGUCGGACUUUCACAACCAAAAAUGGCAAGAAUGUGAGCAAAGCUCCUAAGAUUCAGAGGCUGGUGACUCCCUUGACCUUGCAGAGGAAGAGAGCCAGAAUUUCCGAUAAGAAGAAGAGGAUUGCCAAGGCCAAGUCAGAAGCUGCUGAGUACCAAAAGCUUCUUGCUUCUAGAUUGAAGGAACAGAGGGAGAAGCGUAGUGAGAGCUUGGCCAAGAAGAGAUCUAGACUAUCUGCAGCCUCUAAGCCGUCUAUUGCUGCCUGAGUUUUCUAUGAAUGAAUUUUUAAUCUAUCAUUUUAUCGGUAAUUUUUGCUGUUCUUCAGAUAAGGAGUUCGUAAUUGUUAUACUAUUUGCUGCUUACAGAGAUGCUGAGAUUUUGUUUCAUUGAUGAUGUCCGUUCACUCUAUGAUUAGGAUGCUGUUUAUUUCACUUGCAGACUGAUACUGUAUGGGUUUCUGUUGUUGAGUGGCGUUAUUGAAGUUAUAGUUGGAUAAUAUUCCUGUCUUUA